UCAGACACUCGGUGUCAAACGGAGACGAUAGGUGGCUGUGAAAACGAAAAAAAAAAAUCAUAAAAGUGAAAAAGUAGAAGCAAAGAAACCAUAUGUGUAUAUUUGUUUAAAGAAACAGUGUAUCAGGAAUUAUCACUAAUAUAAUACUUAGCAAAGAAAUUAUAUUCUCGGAAAUUAUAUUCUUUGAUAUUAUUGAUAGAGAGUAAUUCUGUGUUCUUAUAUUGUAAUUAAAGAAAAUCGCGAAGUGCGCGUGAAACUUGCCUUCUUGAAAAAUUAAUUUAAUUAUAAUAUCUAUUGACUAAGAAUGGUUCAGAGACUUUGCAUUAGUGUAGCUGCGCUUAGCCUCGCCCUAAGUGCUUGCGUUUUUUUUCCGCGUGCUGUCAUGGCGAUCGACUUAAGUCGAUUUUAUGGUCAUUUCAACACGAAACGUUCAGGAGAUGCUUGUCGUCCAUAUGAGCCAUUCAAAUGUCCAGGAGACGAUACAUGUAUUUCGAUUCAAUAUCUAUGUGAUGGAGCUCCCGAUUGUCAAGAUGGAUAUGAUGAAGAUUCGCGAUUAUGCACAGCUGCGAAAAGACCACCAGUAGAGGAAACUGCUAGUUUUCUGCAAUCAUUGUUGGCAAGUCAUGGUCCAAAUUAUCUUGAGAAAUUGUUCGGGACAAAAGCGCGGGAUACUUUAAAGCCUCUUGGUGGAGUGAAUACAGUUGCUAUAGCGCUUUCCGAAUCUCAGACGAUCGAGGAUUUUGGUGCAGCCUUGCAUUUGUUACGUACAGAUUUGGAACAUUUGCGCUCCGUAUUUAUGGCAGUGGAAAAUGGCGAUCUAGGCAUGUUAAAAUCAAUCGGUAUUAAAGAUUCUGAAUUGGGAGACGUGAAAUUUUUUCUUGAAAAGCUCGUGAAAACUGGUUUUCUCGACUGAAUAAGCUUUUUUUUAAACGUAGAGGCUAUAACGUAUAUACAUUGGCUGUAUCGUGUUAUAAUCGCACUAUCAUAUUUCUAGAAAGAAUUUUGGAAGAUUCUUUGACUAAUCGUUGCAAAAUGAUCACCGCCUUUCUUCAUUUUAUUAUUCUUUCUCUUUCUUCAUUUCUAUUUUCCUUUUCGAUGUUUUCUUAUUACUGUUUGCUUUUAAAAAAAUACAUCGAGCGAGUACCGAGAUAAGUUAAGUGAUAUCUAUUGCUAUCGAGAGACAUGGGAGUACUGAAUGUUUAAACUUUUUCUAAAUGUCAAGGUUAAUACUUGUAUAUCUGUCUUUAUCGACAUAUCAUCACUCAUUUUCGCGCUGCAAUAGGCAUGUGAUUUACUUCUUAAAAAUUAUAUUUUGUGAUAUUAUACAAUUUGAAAAUCGGAAUUUUAAAAAUGAAGAAGAUAAUUGAUGGAAAUUUUUUGAUAAUGAUGAAUAAUUAUAUGUAGUUAUAACUAUUAAAUU